AUUACUCCAAAAAAAAAAAAAAAGAGAUUAUAAAAUCCCUCUGUUGAAUCGACAAACAACUGAAAGUUAUUGACGUGUAAAAAAAUAUAACACAAGCUCCAAUAAUUUUUGACCACGUAUGUCUUCAAAGACGAUUAUAUAAUAAAACUCAACAACUUCAACAAGUAAUAUCCAAUUUUUUUCAUUCAAUUUUUAGACUCGAGGACAAAAUGUCUAAAAAUAAAAAAGUUUAUAACCACAAAAAUAUUUGUGUAUCGUGUCAAUUAGUCUGACAAAAAAUUAAAAAAUUAAACCAUGGACAUAUCAAAAUAUCGUAAAUGGAUAAUAUAUUUUUUAACAUUCAUGGCAUAUGCAUGGUCUGGUUAUGGUGCUGGUAUAUUGGGUAAUUUAAAAGAUGCUGUACUUGCUGCUGAAACAGUAUUUGGUGAUUUUUUUGAAAACGCAAUAACUGUUGUUAAAAAAAUCAAAGAUAUCCAUGAAGUAUUUGAUGCUGCUGUUGAAGAAAAUUGUGUAUUCAAAUGUCCAUCAGGAGCAACACCAAAACCAGACAGAAAUCAUGUACCACAAAGUGAUGGAUGUGGAUCAUUAGGAAUAAAUAUUAAUCAUGAAUACUUGCCACUCACUGAAAUGACAAAAUGUUGUGAUCAACAUGACAUAUGCUACGACACUUGCCUGAGUGAUAAAGAAAAAUGUGAUUUAGAUUUUAAAAGAUGUUUGUAUAAAUAUUGUGAGGGCUAUAAAAAUACUGGUGUUACAAUUGUGAAUACUUGUAAAGCAGCAGCUAAAAUGUUAUUCACUGGUACCACAGCAUUGGGAUGUAAAAGUUUUGUUGAUGCACAAAAACAAGCAUGCUGGUGUGGUGAUAAAAAUAAAUAUAAAAAAAAGUCAUGGUUUAAUCAUGGUGGUGAACUAUGAUUUGUAAAUGUUAUUGUUGAUAAUAUCAAUUAAUUUAAUUAAUUUAUAUUAUGUACAUUAACAAAUGUAUAUAUUAUUUUUAAUAAAAUAUGUCAGGUAUAUGAUUGAAUCAAGAUAAUUUAGUCGGUUCGACUUCAAGCUUAGAAUUUAUAAUUCUCAAGACCAUUGAAUAUAUCUUUAAUUAAUGUUUUUUAUUUUAUUAUUGCUUGUAUUACGUUGUUGAAGCUUUAAUUAAUCAUUGAAAGUAUACUGGUGGUAUAUUUUCAGUGAUUAAUCAGAUCUUUCGUUAUGCAAUAUCAGUAAUGACAAAAUAAAAAUUUCAGUUGAAAGAUAUUUUCAAUGGGCUUGAAAAUGAUUUGAUUUUAAACUUUGAGUCGAACCAACUCAAUCAUCUUUAAUCAAUUAUACUUGGCAA